AUGGGAGUCGUGGCUCCGAUUCUUCUCGCCGUGCUGGGCUCCGUCGCAGCGGCGGCAAUGCUGCCGAACGACCACGCCUUCCUGAAGAAAUUCGGCGGCCAUUUGCGCUGCCCCUACGCUAGCAAAUGGCUCCAGCACGGCCCGGAGCGGGCUGCCGAACUUCUGAACGUGCGCCGGUUGGACGACGCGCUCGUCGGCUCCUGCACGUACACGAACCCCUUUGCGGGCGUCGAAGCCUGCUUCGAGAUGCGCGGCAGCGACUGGACGGCGGCCAGCGCCGAGGCGCGGUGCGCGACGGCGAUGGGGGCUUCGAUGCCGAGCGUCAGCGGCGAGCUCACUUACGGCUCGGGCUGCACCUUGCCCGACGCGAUGGCCGGCUGGUGUAUGGUAGCCGAGGGCACGGAGGCGUCGCCGACGGCGCUCGGCGACGACGGCUGCGACGGCGCGGCUACCGCCUGCGCGACUUGGAUGUCGGGAGACUUCGUCGCCGACGGACUGUGCGCCUCGGAAGCAACGACGGACGUCGUCGGCUCCUGCACGUACACGAAUCCCUUCGCGGGCGUCGAGGCCUGCUUCGAGAUGCGCGGCGACUGGACGGCGGCCGACGCCGAGGCUCGGUGCGCGACGGCCAUGGGCGCUUCGAUGCCGAGCGUCAGCGGCGAUCUCGCCUACGGCGCCGGCUGCGCUCUUCCGGACCCGAUGGCCGGCUGGUGCAUGACGGCAGAGCAUACGGAGGCGUCGCCGACGGCGCUCGGCGACGACGGCUGCGACGGCGCGGCUACCUCGUGCGCGACGUGGAUGAGCGGCGACUUCGUCGCCGACGGCGCCUGCGCCUCUGCCGCGACGACGAUCACCGCGGGCCCGCGCUGCGUCAUCGCGCCCGGUCCCAUGGGCGCGGCGCACCAGCUCGGCAGCAGCGCGGGCUACGGCGCGGACUGCGAGGGCACGCCCGCCGAGGGCAGCCCCUACAUGUGGCCGCCGCGCUGGGCCGCGGAGACGCGGACGCGGUCCAUGGCCUUCGGGAGCGACGCCGUCGAGUACGAGUCGUCGUCGACGGUGUGGUACUUCCUCGACGGGAACAUGAAGCGCAACGACAUCCACGAGCAGCGCGGCGUGCUCCGCGCGAUCGGCCAGGUGCCCUGCGACGAGGAGCACCGGGGCGAGGGCACGGCCUGCGACAAGAGCGCGAGCGACCACGCGACGACCGUGCUCCACCGGGGCACGAAGAUGUACUUCAUCGAGUGGGCCGACGGCGUCGACUCGACGAUCGCCGCGUGCUCGUGGCUCGACUUGAGUGUAAUUGGCAACGUGCGGCCGGACUGGUUCAUGGACGACCGCGGCGACGCGACGGACGUGCAGUACCUGGGCGACCAGCACAUCCUCCACGAGGGCGCGCCGCGCCUCGCGAAGCAGUGGCGGAAAAUGGACUUCGCGGACCAGUACUUUACCAUGUCCGUCCAGGCGAACGCCGGCGACGGGCCCCACUGGCCUCUGGUGCUCAACAUCCCGGGAGAAGGCUUCGGCGACGACCAGCUCAACGAGUACACGGGCCACCGGCUCCUGACGGACGCGGACGAGGACGCGUUCUACCUCGACGUCGCCUUCGAGGCCGCGGGCGGGUCCUGCCCGCAGCGCGCGUCGUCGGGCGCGGACGGCCCGCCGACGGGCGACGUCGAGCACGUGCCGUCGAACCUCGAGCGCGACGACGACGCCUGGCUCACGCUCGUCAAGACCUUCUCGCCCGUGUGGACGCCGCCGGAGGACGACGACGACGCCGCGACGACGGGCCUCGCGUGGGCCGAGGAGGUCGGCGACGGCGUCUUCGCCAAGGCCUGCGAAGACGCGGGCGGCCUGCGGCUCGAGGUCACGUGGCGCGGCGCGGACGCGGCGCCCUACGCGGCGCUCGGUUUCUUGGACGACGGCGAGUGCCUCAUGACGCCGCGCGGCGGCGGCGACCGCGACGUCGUCUUCCUCCACGCGGACGACGGCGCCUACGCGGCGCACGCCGGGUCGCUGUCCCCGGACCUCAAGAGCUUCUCCGCGGACGCGACGGGCGCUUUCUACGCGUCGCUCGUCGAGGUCGACGCCGCCUUCGAGGCCGACGUCGCCUUCGAGGACGGCGCGCUGUCGCUACGCAUCCUCGCGCCGGGCCCGCACUUCACCUUCGCGCUCGGCAACGCGCCGCAGCUCGGCUACCACGCGACGCGCGGCUGCUUCACCGUCGAAGGCGCGCCGUCGUGCGCCGCCGUCGCCGCCGCCGCCGACGCCGCGGCGCCCUGCGAGGCCGCCGUCGCGAUCGGCGACGACGACGACCGCGUGCUCGAGCUCGAGACGACCGAGCUCCGCGACGAGGUCUCCGCGCUGCGGCAGGACGUCGACGGCUUCGAGCGCGACUGGCGCGAAUCCGAGGAGGAGCCCGCGGCCCACGACGAGGUGCUCCGGGGCGAGGUCGCGGCGCUCCGGAGCGACAUCGACGGCCUCCGCGGCGACUGGCGCGACGUGCCGGCGCCGGCCGCCGCGGCCCCGGCGCGCUGCGGCGGCGGCGGCGACGACGACGACGGCGACGAGCCGGGCGCGCUCAACGUGAUCCUGGGCGUCGCGGUGCUCGCGCUCGCCGUUCUCGUGGUCCUGCUCGCGGUUCGCGUCGGCCUCCUCGAGGCGGCGGCGGCGAAGCACCGCGAUUUGCAAUUCCGCAAGACGGAGGCCCCCGUCGAGAGCAAGGAGGAGCCGCCCUACGGCGCGCCGCCGACGCCGGACAAGGUCGCCCCAAAGGCCCCGGCGCGGCGGCCCACGGUCAUCCACGACGAGAAGGACAUCUCCGCGCAGUCCGCCCACGAGGCGCCCCGGGACUACUACGUCGUCGCCAUCGCCGGCGACGAGCCGCCGCCGACGAAGGCGGACUACGAGAUGUGCCCGCCGCCGCCGGUGGCCUGCGACGCAGUGCCGGAGGCCUGCGAUGCAGUGCCCGCGGCGCCCGAGCCCGCGCCGAAGCCGCAACAAGAUUCAUCGAAACCACCGCCACCGAAUGCUUUGACCUGCAGCGUCUGCAGCGCGUCGUUCCCAUCGAAGACCAAGCUCUUCAAGCACCUGCGGGAUGGCUGCGUCGCCGGCCUCACUGCCCAGAUCAAGAGCGCCAACGCCAUCGUCCAGGUCGGCUACCGCGGCGAAACGUCGCCCCAGGCCAUCGACGCGCAGCUGCGCGCCGCCGUCGGCGAGGGCUGCCGCGUCGUCGCGCGGAGCGGCGCGCCGCCGCGGGCCAAGGCGCCGCUGGCCGUCGCCGCGGGCGCGGCGGCCUGGGGCGACGUCUGCGCCUGCGUGCUCGGCGGGUCGUCCAUGGACCCGGGCGCCUGGUGCGCCGCGGCGAACGCGCGCGUCGCGGCCGCGUUCCCGGGCGCCGCGUGCGUCGUCGAGGUGCUCGGGCGGACGCCGCUCGAGAGCCGCGACGACUUCCAGGCCCAGGACUUCUCGUCCGUGCGCGCCGAGGUGCUCGUGCCCGCGGCCCUGUUCGGCGCCUUCGACGCGGACUCGGACGCGGGAAAGGCGGCGCUGAAAAGGCUCCGCGACGUCGCGACGGGUCUGCUCGUCGCGAAGCGCGCCGACGGGUCCGCGGCGCGCCGGUCCUGGCACGCCUUCGCCGACGACGACGCGGCCUACGAGCGCGCGUGCUGCCCCGACGAGGGCCUGAGCUUGUGCCGCCUGCGCAAGGUCAACGUGGCGUCGCGGGGCCCGUUCCUCGUCUUCGCCUUUCAGGGCGACCGGUUCCUGCGCGGCAUGGCGCGCCGCGCGGCGGCCCUCGCCGUCGCCGUGGCCCUGGGCUGGGUCGACGACGUCGCGGCGGGCGACGAGGCGGCGCUCGUGCGGCCCUGGGCCUGCGACGACGUCGAGGUCCUGGGGCCGAGCGUCGACCCCGCGGCGGAGUGCCUCGCGUGCCUCCGCUUCGCGCGCUACGAGAAGAAGGGCCACGUCGACGCCGUCGACGCGAUCCGCCACGGCGACGGCGGCCCCGCGGCGGCCUUCCGCGACGCGUGCCUCGCCGGCGCGGCAAAGCGCCUGCCGGCGAUCGCCGCGUCCUUCGAGCGAGCGCGCGCCUACUGGGCGGACCGGCGGACUUCGGCCGCGCCCGCGCCGGCGCUGCGCGUCGCGACGUCGCCGCCGCCCGAGGCCUACGUCGACGCCCUCGCGGCGCUGCGGGACGUCGUGAAGAGCGGCUGGCCCGCGUCCUCGGCGGCGCGGAGCAAGCUCUUGAUCGAGGAGGGCCGCGGCGGCGGCACGUUCUCCGUCGGCGUCGCUCCGAACGCGCACCAGCCGCGGCAGAACGCCCUCGAGGCGUUGGCGACGGCCGUCUUCGCGCUCGAGAAGAGCAUCAUCGCGGAGAAGUUUCCCCGUCGAACACCGUCGACGAUGUGCGCCGUGAACUUCGGCGCGCGGUUCCGCCCGCAUCUGGACGCGGGCUCGGCGGGCUACGGCCAGGAGCGGUCCCUGCUCGCGGCGCUGGGCGACUACGGCGGCGGCGAGCUCGUCGUGGAGCGACACGCGCGGGACGUCCGCUACGCGCCCGCCGAGUUCGACGGCUGGCGCGAGCGCCACUGGACGCGGCCCUUCGCCGGCGAGCGGUUUUCGUUGGUCUGGUUCACGCCGGCGGCCGGCGACGCGGCGCCGGAGAAGCAGAAGUUCGGGAAGAAGGCCAGGGGCGCCGUGACGCUGCGGCCGGCGGACGACGGGUCCGCCGCGGCGGACCUCGCCGACGCCGCGGCGCCGGAGGCCGCGGUCUUCGCGCCGGGCUGCGUCCUCGUGCGCGGCUUCCUGAGCCCGCGGCGCCAGCGCGAGCUCGUCGACGCGCUGGCGGCGCUCGACCUCAAGCUCGAGGCGCCGGUCUACGCCGACGGGGCGCGCGGCAAGUGCAAGAUGGCCUGCCUCGGCGAGAAGUGGGAUCAUGUCCACUCCCUCUACGCGGGCGCGGGCGCGGCGCCGAUCCCCGCGGCGCUCGCGGCCGCCGCGCGCGACGCGCACGCCGCCUGCGCCGCCGCGGACGCGUCCCUGCCGGCCUUCGACGCGCCGGACGUGUGUUUGGUCAAUUUCUACGACCACGGCGGCGACCGCAUGGGGCUCCAUCGCGACGACUCGGAGGAGGCGAGCGCGCUCGAGCGCGGCUCGCCCGUCGUGUCCAUCUCGCUCGGCGCGUCGGCGACCUUCGCGACGGCGGCGACGCGCGACGGCCCGCGCGCGCGCGUCACGCUGCGGUCCGGCGACGUGCUCUGCUUCGGCGGCGCGGCGCGCGGCAUCUUCCACGGCGUCGAGCGCGUCGACAAGCCGAAGACGGCGCCGGCGGGGCUCAACAUGCGCCCGGGCCGGCUCAACCUCACGUUCCGGGCCGUAAGGUAG